AUUGGGAGCCAUGCGCCCGCCCGAGGUUUACCACGUAUAUAGUCAUUCACAGAACCACCUGGCAGAGCGCCAGGAGAUCGGACGUGGGGUUCGGAGUGGGAUCAAGUGCAUGAUCACCGGCAAAUCGGUGGGAGCUAUUGUCGCAGCACUACAAAAAAAAAAAGUAUUUCAAAACUAUAUUGGUAACUUUAAUAAAUUCCUAAACAAGAAUGAAGAAGCUUGCGGUUGUCCCUCAACUUGA